AUGUUUAAGCAGGAAUCUUCAAAUCAGAAAUUUGCGCCAUAUGUGUCUGAUGCCUUGGAAUGUGUGAAAUUGAAAUUUGGUAAGGAAUCUAACAUUUUAAACUUACUUUUUAGUUGAUAAUAACUGUGACAUUGUUAAUGCUGCCCAGUAUGAUAUUGACUUUGCCUAUCAACACUUUGAUCAGGCGUAAGUUCCAAAAUAGGUAAUAUUUCAAUUUGUUUAGUGAAAAGAUUGUUGGUUUCAAAGACCUUGAAGUCAAUGUUGUUUAUUCAAAUCUGACAAUGUAUUCUUAUGUUAAAGUCGAUCAUACUGGAGAUAUUACUGAAGUGGAUAACACAAUCGAGCCAGAUGAUAUUGUCACUUUGAUCAGAAAUCAAUAUCCAAUUGGUCAGACCAACUCUUUGAUCACGAAUGUGGCCUCUUUCAAGGCUCUCUGUGAAAGGCAGAAGGAGUUUGUCCCAUUUGGAAAGAAAGUCGCCGAUCUCGAAUGGAGAAACAAGAAAUACGAAUUGUAUAGAGUAACAUUCGAUGACCGCAAGCAAGGUUUUGAUCAAUACCUUGCCCGAGUUCAGACGCUAUCCUUGUAUUUUAUCGAAUCUGCCAGCUAUACGGAUCCAGAGGACCCAAGGUUUACCUACUACUUUAUAUACGAGAAGGAGCCGACGAUGGCAUUGGCUGGAUAUGUCUGUCUUUACAAUUUUUAUCAUUAUCCGGAUAAAGAGCGACCUCGAUUUGCCCAGGCCUUGGUAUUGCCUCCUUACAGGCGCUCUGGACUCGGGAACAAGUUCCUGGAAAUGGUUUAUGAUGAUCUACGGCGUGAUGAAAAGGUAUUCGACAUCACAGGUAUGUAUAGAAUGUAAUUAAUAUAUUCUUCUUUCUUUUAUUUGUUUUAUAAGAAAUGGUUUAGCCGAGACCCCGGCCGAUACUUUUAUCUAUUCCCGAGAUUUUUUGGACUGUAAAUUGAUGAAACCAAUGGAGGAAUUUGGAUUUGAAGUGCUGAAGAAGGGAUACUCGAAGGAACUCGAGGAUAAAAUGCGGGAAAAGACCAAAAUUGGAAAGGUAAAUCGGUGUCUUCUCAGGAUUAAUAUCAGAAUGUGUUCAGGUCCAAGCAAGACGGGUAUACGAAUUACUACGAUACUUUUAUGUACAGACCAGUCAUCCAGAAGACGAAGAAUCGUUUGAAAAUGAUGUUAGGAAGAGGAUCGCAAUCCCAUUUAACAAAUCCAGCCGGGAUUCCUCCAAGUUACGAACCGUCCUCACGGAUCAAGAACUGGCUAUCGUCUCGGCCAAGGACAAUCCCGAAGAGAAGAAAAAGAUGAUCGACGCGAUUUACGAGUCCACUGUUGAACAAUACGGUAUUGUCUUGGAUCGCCUCACCAAAUAUGAAUCCGUUUUAUUUCCCAAAAGUUAA